CUAACAACGGUCUGGAUUGUCAAACUAGUGGCUUGUGUGUAUGGAAUCCGACAACUAGGAAAACCACAGGGGCGUAGACCCUACCAUUCAUCUAUGAUUUUUGUUAUAAGUAGAAUGGGAAAGGAGGAUGCAGGAAGGUGAGAUAGCUCUAAGUUAAAGUGGGCAACUUAAAUGGACCAUAUCAAUUUCUGUUCUUCGUGCUGUCCAACCACUACAAAAAAAGAUUUAUUGGCCACCACUGCUAAUGAAUCAUCAGCCGUGAAAGAAGAGGCCAAUGGAUCAUCAACCACUACUGAAAAACCCGAAGAAUCGCUGGUGCAAAUUCGGCGAAUUCCCCAUUUCAAGAAGAAAUCUGAAUUGGAAAGCUUCUUGAAAGAGUCCAAGAAGAAACCAAACCAACUGAUAGUGUUGAAUUUCACCACCACAUGGUGCGAGCCAUGUAAAAACGCGGAGAAGCCCUUGCAGAAGCUCGUGAAAGAAUUCAACGAUGUAAACUUUGCCAACGUUGAUGUGGAUCAUUUCCUGGAUUUGGUCAAUUAUCUGGACGUGGUAAAGAUGCCGACUUUCCUACUGAUGAAGCCAGACCAGAGCAGCAACAAAGGGAGCAAGAAUGUCCCAAAAGGUAAUAAUGCUACUGGUGUGGAGGGCAAUAUGGGCAAAGAAGAUGCCAGUGAGGGCAGCGGGAGAAAAGGAGUCAAGUACGUUUAUAAGGGAAAGAAAAGCCAAAUUGACAAUUUCAAGGAAAUUGAAGACAGGGAGGAGGGCGUGAGGAAGGAUCUUGAGGAUCUUGCAACGAAGAUAGGAGAGCACUGUCACAUGAUAGAUUAGCACACACCAUAGUUAUUAGUGUUUUGUCAAGCAUACUUGUUUUUAUUUUUUUCUUGUAUUCCAUUUCACAUAUUUCAUUUGAGCUCUGCCAAGUACACAUACAUGUACAUGUGAAUGAAGCCAGUGCUCACACCACUAUAUAUACCAGCAUGGCAAACAUGUGGGUGUCA